UGGUUAGUAACUGUUUGCAAAUCUGUUGAAUUCCAAUGCAGAUCAGGCACCUGGUUAGCAGCAUAUGUAUAGAUUCACCAGGGAAACCUGAAGACUUGCACCAGCCAGUGGGUUUAUAUCCCUGUCACCGCCAGGGCGGCAAUCAGUACUGGAUGUUGAGCAAGACCGGGGAGAUUCGUCGAGACGAGUCGUGCUUGGAUUACAGCGGCACCGAUGUCAUCCUCUAUCCAUGUCACGGUAGCAAGGGUAAUCAACAAUGGAUUUAUAAUCCUCAGACGAAGCAGAUCAGACACGGUAGCAGCGACAAGUGUCUGGCAAUCACCGAAAGCAAACAACGUCUGAUAAUGGGAUGUUCGCCGACUGCAGCCAGACAAAGGUGGUCCUUCGAGAAUUACGAUCCGUCGAAGCUGUGAUAUCGCGCCUUUUCGCGUCGCCAAUCGAAGGAUCUCGGCCGGAAGUUCGAUCAUCCCGGCUCUUGGGUGUCUGUUCAACGUUACUCCGUCGCUAGAACGCGUUUCGGUAGAUAGGCGGUGUGGUUUCGAGGCUGGAACGCCUCGAAACGUCGUCGAUCAGACACUCGGGAUCCAUCGCGAGA